AUGGUCCGCUUUGUUGAGACGGAACAGACGGAAAAAUCUAUCCUUUUCCGGGUUUUACCAGCACUGACGCAGGCUGGAGUUUCUAGGGCGCAGGUGCUGGGCCUGGACGCGGCAGCCUCCGUGACGGAUAGAGUCGCGCUCCCUCCGGACCCCAGCCCGCUGACACCCUCCCCCAACCCCCGCGGCGCUGACCCCAAGGAGUCGCGCUCCCGCCGGACUCCGGGCGGGACUGGAGCUCUGACAUGGGGCCCUCACGGCGCGGAUCCGGCCCGCGGGGGGCGGAUGCUUGGAGUCCAGCGCAGCUACACACCUGGCCCGCCUUGCCCCCCGCCGCAGCCCGCGGAGGCCUCCUGUUACCUGGCCUCCUCACUAGAGAGGCGGAGCCCUGGCUUGGCCUCUUGCCUCUCUCACAGCCUGUGCCCUGGGGAGCCCGGCUUGCAGACCACAGCAGUGGUGUCCAUGGGGUCCGCGGACCAUCAGUUCCACCUGGCGGAGAUCCUUUCUCGGAACUACGGUGUCCGGGAGGAUCAUGAGGGGGCCGCGCGGGGCCCAGAGAAGCCGGAGGAGGAGCUAGAGAAGGACUUUGUCUCCCAGAGCAGCGACAUGCCCCUUGACGAGCUGCUGGCCCUCUACGGCUACGAGGCCUCGGACCCCAUCUCGGAGCGCCAGAGUGAGGGCAGCGACGCCGCAGCCAACCUCCCGGACAUGACCCUGGACAAGGAACAAAUAGCGAAGGAUUUGCUUUCAGGGGAAGAAGAGGAAGAAACACAGUCCUCAGCCGAUGACCUCACCCCAUCUGUGACCUCCCAUGAGGCCUCUGACCUCUUCCCUAAUCAGAGCGGACCCCGCUUCCUGCCUGAUGCAGACAAGGAGCCUGGCUCCUCCAGCUCGUCGGACACCGAGGAGGACCCGCUUCCCGCCAACAAGUGUAAGAAGGAGAUCAUGGUUGGGCCUCAGUUCCAAGCUGACCUCAGCAAGCUGCACUCGAACCGUCAGGGUGAGAAAAUCUAUGAGAAUGAGGACCAGCUGCUCUGGGACCCCAGCAUCCUUCCUGAGGGGGCGGUGGAGGAGUUCCUGUACCGGGCCGCGAAGCGGCGGUGGCGCGAGGUGGCCGAGUCUCAGCUCCCGGAGGGAGAGGCGGUGAAAGACAGCGAGCAGGCGCUGUACGAGCUGGUGAAAUGCAACUUCAAUGCCGAGGAGGCCCUGCGGAGGCUGCGCUUCAACGUGAAGGUGAUCCGAGACGGGCUGUGCGCCUGGAGCGAGGAGGAGUGCCGCAACUUCGAGCACGGCUUCCGUGUGCACGGCAAGAACUUCCACCUGAUCCAGGCCAACAAGGUGCGCACGCGGUCCGUGGGCGAGUGCGUGGAGUAUUACUACCUGUGGAAGAAGUCUGCGCGCUACGACUACUUCUCGCAGCAGACGCGGCUGGGCCGCCGGAAGUACGGCCCAUCGGGAGCCACGGACGCGGACCAGGACCUGGACGGCGGUGACCCCGAUGGCCCCGGCCGCCCCCGCUCCUCGCCGCCCCUGCCUCUGCCCGCCACUGCCGACGGCCCGGGCCCUGAGCGGGACUCCCUGGCCCGGAUGCGCACCGAGCCCCUGAGCAUGGGCAGCAGCACGUCUGGGAGUCUCGGCGCACCCGGGGAGGCCCCCGACGGCCCCCCGUCCUCGGAGCCAGGGCCCUGUUCGUUCCAGCCACCGGACAUAGACGCGCCCCCGGCCAUGCCCCUGCCUCGGCGGCCCCCAGCCCUGGCUGAGCAGGCCUUCUACUCCCCGACCACGGCCGCUCCAGAGCCCGGUGCCAGCCCGAGGCUGGCUGUGGACUUGGCCCUGCCCAGGGCCCUCCCUGAGGAGCUGCCCCUCAUCUCCAGCCACGUGGAUAUGGACGGAGAGCCCGAGGAGGCCGUGGCCCCCGCACAGGUGGCUUUGUCGGUUGCCGAGUUUGGGCUCAUCGGCAUCGGGGAUGUGAAUCCCUUCCUGGCCGCGCACCCCACGUGCCCGGCCCCUGCGCUGCACUCGGAGCCCCUGUCACACUGUAACGUGAUGACCUGUUGA